UGAUGGGAUCGACCUUUGUCCGUGAGUGCCCAGCUCGCUAUCAGAAAAGUUGAUAUACGCGUACGCUUCACUGAUCAUGUCAGCUAUGAAUGCAGCUGCAUGGUAUACCAGCAUGGAGGCUGCUACUACACACUGAAAAGCACGCGGAACAACUUUCUUGAUGUGACACCGGGACUAUUCACGCCACUGCGCAGGCUCUGCGCGUAGGCAGCGUAGGCAGCGUAGGCAGCGUAGGGUAGCUGUACGUAGCUGAUGCAAAACAGAGGCAAACAGUAGCUCAUUGCGUGGAGAUGCAAUUUCAGCUGUACAGUUGUGGUGUAUGAGCGAUAUGUUACUAACGGAUACAUUGGACGAGCAUCACAAUCUCUGAUGUCAUACCGGCGUGGAAUUCACUCGGUUCCAUUGUCCUGCUUACUCGGAGGACUAUCUGUCGUGUUCCUUCUGGGGAACAUCUACCUCCUGAAGUCGGUGUUGGAUAGCAGGCACACCCAAUACGACAGUGUUUUGAAUGAACGCGAUCAGCGGACGAACAUAAUGAAACAGUCACUAGACGUUCGACUGAGUCAGCGGGCGGACAUUUUUUAUUUGGCUGGAAGCGAAUGGCGUCUACGCGAUCACGUCAGCUAUUUUGCUGACCACGAAGCGAAGCUUAGGCGGCUAAUGGACGACACGAACGACUCUCAUACUAGCCGCGUUUACGUGCCUUUCCGCCAUUUAAGAAACAUUUCACUUGCCAGUAUUAUAGAUCUGCCACACGCUCUUCGCUCGAAUCUAAAGUUAGAUUUGAAAUGCGAUGAUAUCGGAGACAUCACUGACAUGUCGUUUAUUGCUGCUGGCUGGACGAAAGCUGUCUAUCGCGGCAAUCAUAACGGUAGAGCAGUGGCGGUCAAGAUCGUGGACUUCGGCGGUCAUGAUAUAGUGACAUGUCAGCAGGAGAUGCACGAAUCACUAGAAGAGUGUUACGGAAAAUCAGCUGCUAAGAUUAUUAAGGAGAUUGCUCUACUACGCAGCCUGAUUCACACAAAUAUUCUAAAGGUUUACGGAUACUGCAUCCCAAACAAUAUUUUUACAAAUUGGCCCAAUGUGCAAGGCGUUGCCAUGGUAACAGAGCUUGGGGAGCCAGUGGACAUCAUUAAGUUGCUGCAGAUGUCAUGGGAGGAUAGACUGCGGGUGGCGCUCGGCAUGGCACGUAUCUUAGUCAAGCUUGCGCACUCAUCUCAUGGCUCGUUAGCGAUGAACGACUUCCGACGGCAGCAGUUUGUGCUCGUUGACGGUGUACUGAAGCUGGCCGACGUCGACGAUGUGACGGCGGGGGAACCGACAUGCAACGAGGAAGCUGACUGCCUACAGCGACACCCGGAUACGAACCUCACACUCGGUGGCAAAUGCAUCAAUCACUGCUGCUCCGAGUUCAAUGAGCGGAGGAACAUCAUGAACGGCGGACGACAGUUCGUCUCGUUUUUCUUGGAACACGGCGUGCCAAGGUCACUGUUGCCACUAGUCAUGAAGUUGAGCUCGAUUUACACGAACGUGACGGGCAACACACGGCAGCUGUCAGAGGUUACUGAGACAUUGGCUCACAUGUACAUCAACGGGUCAUACUUGGAUUAUUCUACUCUCAAAAAGCAUAGGACGUUGUAUAAAGUUAUUCACGAUGCGGAUCUACCGGGAAUGUUUGACUAUCGAUGCCAGCUGACACUAUCAGCUAAUGGAUGCAGUUUCUCUGUUUUUAACGUACGAGAAGCUGAGGAGGUGUGUUCCGCUGACACAUACUGUAAGGCAUUCAUCUUGGCAAAAGAGAAAACAUGGACAGGAAGAACAAUUGUCCACUUAAAGAACAACUUCACAACACCAGUGAGAACGACGGGAUCACUGAUAUAUGUCAAGCCUCAGCCAGGUUGAUACUGAUAGCCUUCAGCCAGGGAACAUAUAGCAAGAUUACAGAGAUGUCUUCCAUAAAAUGCCUCUCCAGCACUAGAAGAUCACAGCAGCAACUGCUCCGUGAAGUGACUCGAUCCACAUCGGCAGCGAGCACUGAGAUAAUAUGCUAGUGUACCAUGCCAUCAUGCAUCAUACUAGCUCCACAGUAUCCCAUUCAAUCAAGCUAUUAUGUCAGCUUGCUAGUAUAUCAUGUCAUCAUGCACGCAAUAGGCCCACUUGACAGUGUGCCGUACUAGCCACACGUUAACGUUCUGUCAUGAAAUAUGCCAGCUAGACAGUAUUCAAUGCUACCCAGUUGCAUGAUGGCAUGCCAUUUGAACGACUGCCAUCACCUGUCAGCCUGACAGGUGACACGUUGUGAAGUCUGUGAGUGUCCUAUGCUGUCAGAUGACAUGUCAGCAUGAGCCAUGUGCCUUUAUAUAUCGCCACAUGACAGAUGUUAUAGCAUAUGUUAGUGGCCUCACGCGCCUUUCUGCACGCGUCAGCAUUCUAGUGGCCAUGCUGUCAUGCAACAUGACAGCUUCCCCGCAUACGUUACCAUAGAGCAUGCAGCAUGUACCCAGCUUGCCCAUUUUCCAUGCUGCCCAACAUUCCAGCUGGCCAGUAUUCCAUGCCAUCCAGCUACACGACAGCUUGCCAUUGUCCAGUGCCACGUGCCUGUAUGUCAUGCAGUACGUGUGCCGGUGUUCUAUACCAUCGUAUGACAUGCCAACAUGCCCGUGUUCCAUGCAAUCAUGCGGCGUACUAGCUUAGCAGUGUGCCAUAUGCCGUGAUACGUGAUAAUCAGAACCAACAUGUUUCUACAUUAUAUCAUUGAUUCUCGUGUAAUGUUGCCCCGGUGAGCAUUCUUUUGUAAUAUCGUAAUACCCCGCGUUAAUUAUGAUAACUCGGGUUACAUAAAUUCGUUCAUACAUGACUAUAAUUAUAGUAGAUUCUGACCACUAUAUAUUCGGUAUACAACAGUUCGCCUAUACAUAGUUUGUAAGUUAUGAUCACUAAACUCGGGAUACGAAACGGAAAUUCACUCAUAACUUCUUGGUCUAGAGCCGGAAGCACCAAAACAUCACAAUGAUAGUCAUAUAUGACCGCGAACCAGUUGAUAAUAGCCGCAUUUCCUCUCCGUCCCAGUAAUUUUUCUUUUCAGCUUCCUUAAUUUCUCCCUCAGUAUUAUCGUGGUACGUACUGUAUUAUACUUUAUUAUGAAAUAAUAAUUAAAUGUAUGCGUUUAUAAUUUGUACUUGGAUUCAUAAUUGUCAGUUCAGUGCUUCUGUUCGCUAAGCGAUUUUCUGUAAGAUCACAUCUCCCGUAUAUUAUAAUGGAAGCCAGCAUGAAAACCUGAUUUACGUUACAAAAUUUCGCACGACAUACGGUUUUACGUACUUACGUAAUGCAAGGCACUAUACUGCAUAUAAUGCUGACAAGAUUUGUUGGUGAGUUUGUGGUUGUUCAGUUCUUAUAGUGAAUAUAUAUAUAUGCUGUUUGCUGUCACCGUACGUGGCACGUACCAUGGCGCUGUACUACGUUAUGAGAAUGACCUCUAGUGCUGCAUGCGUGGUGGCCCAAAUGGCCAUUAUAAAGUCUUCACGAAAGGCUGGGGAGAUUAUUAUCACCAACUCUUGUGUUUUUUCUCUGGUGGCCCGGGGUAUUAUAACCGGUGAUCGUUAUGAUAGCUACAUCUGAGCCACCAUACUGCAGCGCCUUAAUUGGCACAGAGUAAAAGUGAUACGUACUCUGCAAGAGGUUCCUUUUGCCACACUGCCUAUCUUCCCAUCACAUGACAACAAUCCUACGCUUUUGUAUAUAAAUGUUUUAGAUGCCUGUCUUGAUGUGUUGCUAUGAAACGGGAAUCAGUUGUACUUCAUUGCCUCUAUGCAGAGAUGGCGCUGUGUUCAUGGAUUUCUGUAGCUAGUCAUUUGUAUAGAUUUACGAUAAUAAAACAAACUAUGUAUAUUCUUAUAAAGA